AUGGCCCUAGGUAGCUCUCUUCCACACCAUGCGUUGAAGGCCUUAGCCAAGAAACAUGGACCCUUUAUGCAUCUCCAACUUGGUGAGAUCUCGGCUGUAGUCAUAUCGUCACCGGAAAUAGCCCAGGAGGUGUUGAAGCAGCACGAACUCAAGUGCGCGCCAAGGCCUCGAGUUCUUGCUGUUGAGGUCAUCUGCUAUAAUGGUGGAAGCCUUGUCUUCUCUCCCUGUAAUAAUUUAUGGAGAAAACUGCGAAAGAUGUGUGUCACUGAACGCCUAAGCGCCAAACGUGUAGACUCAUUCAAAUCAGUAAGAGAAGAAGAAGUAGAGAAUCUCAUACAAUUUAUUUCAUCUUCCUGCCGCAGCAGCAGCAGCCAUCCCAUCAUCAUCAAACUAAGAUAUACUCACUAUCAAACAACAUAA